UACUUUUCCUCCCACCACCUCUUCCUCUUUUUCACAUACACCCGUGUUUUUGACACCGACUUGCACGCAGCUCAUGGAUAGCCAUCGAAGCGAGGUCGACGAAUCCGUUGUGGUCACCACCAGCGACGAGUAUGUUUCCUCAUCGACUACCAGCGUAACAAUUACUAAUGUGCGUUCUCAAACAACAGCGAUCUCAACUGCAGAGGGGUCAAAAGGCGACAUCCCCCCCACCUCGAGUGACUCGAAGAAAAUCAUGUCACUUGAGCAGGAACUGCACUCCCUGUCGAAACCCAACAAGACAUUCGAGAACUGGGCUAGGACGUUCCGAUGUGCGCCCGAGCAGUACUAUAUCCCAACAAAGGAAGAGGAUGUCGCCAAGAUUAUCCGCUUGGCGAGACUCUCAGGCAAGUGCGUCAAGGCCGUCGGCACGGGUCACUCUCCCUCAGACCUUGCGUGCACAACCGGGUUCAUGAUCAACACGGACAAGCUCAACAAAUCUAUCAAAGUGGAUAUGGAAAGAAUGACUAUCGAAAUCGAGGCUGGUAUGAAACUUCAUGAGCUGAACAGUAUCUUGGAGAAGGAAGGUCUUGCAAUGAGCAAUCUAGGCUCGAUCUCGGAUCAGAGUGUUGCAGGAGCCAUAUCCACAGCCACACAUGGGUCCGGCGCAAAAUAUUCUACCCUAAGCGCUGCGGUGGUCGACUUGACAAUGAUCACGGCCAACGGGGAGUCGCUUUAUUGUUCCAAGUUAGUGAACCCAGACGUCUUCUACGCUGCUAUCUGCUCAAUGGGGUCACUCGGUAUCAUCACCAAGUUGACUCUUCAGUGCGAACCUGCAUUCAAAUUAGAGAGCAAGCAGGAGCCUGCUAAGCUGGACGAUGUUUUGAACAACUUAGACACCAUUAUUCAUUCUGCAGAGCACGUCCGUCUCUGGUGGUACCCUCACACGGACAAUGUCGUUAUUUGGCGCGUCAACCGAACCACCAAGGAAAUUUCUGGCUCCGUCUCAAGCUGGCGCACUUCCCGCUGGUUCACCUUUCACUUUUACCAGGGACUUCUCUACUUCUGCCGCUUCAUCCCGCGUCUGAUUCCGACUCUUUCCCGGUUCAUGUUCUGGGCUACUCAGUCGAAGCCCCUGGAGCGCGUCGACAAGAGUGUUAAGAUCUUCAACUUUGACUGCCUCUUUGCCCAGUACGUGAAUGAGUGGGCCAUUCCUUGGUCACGUACAGCGGAAGCAAUCAGGGCUUUGGACAAGUUCAUCGAGACUGGGUCUGUGCAGGUGGAAACAGGAGUCGGAGUUGCUGCGCCAAUUGACGAGGCGAACAACAAGACGAACGGUCAAAGUAAGGUCGUGAAGAAGGAACCAGGUCUGAAGGUUCACUUCCCAGUUGAGAUUCGGUUUGUGAAGAAGGAUGAUGCCUGGCUGAGCCCUGCUUACGGAGUGAAUUCGUGCUAUAUCGGGAUCAUCAUGUACCGUCCCUAUGGCAAGCCGGUUCCUUAUAAGCGCUUCUGGGCUGGAUUUGAGCAGAUUAUGGCUUCGUUCGAGGGACGACCCCAUUGGGCGAAGGCACACUCGGUGGAAUUUGAGGGCCUCCGACAGUCGUAUCCCAUGCUGGAGAAAUUUAGUAGAAUUCGAGAGGGUUUGGAUCCCGAGGGCAUGUUCUUGAACCGUAACCUCCGUCUCCAUCUAGUUCCUCCUUCCACGCCUACGGCAUAAGUCUUUCUAUUUUCUGGUUUUUCAUUGACCAUAGACGAAGAUAACCUUAAUAAAAAGCAUGCAU